CUAAGUAACAGCCUCUUUAACAGCUUUGAUACUUGCUCGGAGACUCAGUUACGACCACACUCCUACUCAGGGUUAGGAUUUUCAUACUAAAAAGUACAGCAUAAUCCUGCGCGAAAAAGUAUAUUUUGUCCCAAGGCUAAUUUGGACAAAACGUCGGUUGUCAUUUGGGUUAGCAAACAAUGCUAAAGACAAUACAGUAAUGAAUUUGUCGUAAGAACGACAUAAAUUGUAAACGCAAAAGACGGCUGUAACUACAAAUAGUAUAUAAAAAGGUGAAUUGACUAAUAUGUAAUAGCAACAAAACGUAAAUAUUACUCCUAGCUUCGCGAACCAAUUUUAAAUCAAGUAGCCAGGCGUGCUGCGUGAUGACGUCACAGCCAGGCACCGACAACAUCUGGGAAUUGUAGUUUUAGCGGGCGUCUAUUGUGUCUUUUAAUCACAGGAAACCCCUAAUAACAUAUUUGAAAAAGCCCUGAAUUGAAACUAUUGUGUGUUAUAAUUCCAUUAAUUGAUCGAUACUGUGGUUAUAUUGAACGAAACGUCUCAUUCCCAUCUAAUGCCAAUGUAAAAGAAAACCAUAUCCCGCAGCGCCCAACUGUGGUGAUGUCACGUCGAAAUGGCGACCUCCACCAUCGACGAGAAAACUGUUAAAGACUUGCUCGCGGACGGUCUUUCGAAACUCGGAUUUGAAGUAUACACGUUAAAGGUGGGUUGGUACAACUCCGUGUUGCCCCCCAAGCUGCACCUGCCUCACCCGGAUGACUGCUUGGCCGUGGUGGUGCUCAGCACUCCGUCCAUGUUCGAGAAAGCCUUCCUUCCCUUCCUGGAGGAGAGAGGCUCCCAGGGACUCUCUGACCCCAUUGACCUGUGCGUCAAACACUGUGUCACUUCUGUCCUCUCGCAGAAAUUUGCGGGACAGAAGGUAGACGUGAGGUAUGACUACGAGCUGCUCCCCAGCAGAAAGCCAAAGUUCUUGGCGCAGACGGCCGCACACAUGUCGGGAGCGGCUUUCUACUACCAGCAGUCCGACGUCAGCGACCAACCCUGGGCUAGCAAAAAGAUGUUCGGUGUGUGCGUGCAUCCCCGGCUUGGAGGCUGGUUCGCUAUCAGAGCUCUGCUGGUGUUCCAAGACAUCAAAAUGAACCCGGAAGAGCUGCAGCCCGAACCUCGGGACUGCGUGCCCUCCAGGGAGGCCAGGAUUCGGCUUCUGGAGGAUUUCAACUUUCGCUGGCAGGACUGGAGCUACAGGAAUAUCGUCACUCCGACGGAAACUUACUCCCAAAAACAGCAGGACUAUUUUGCCACCCCGCCCGCCCAGCGACACGCUCUGCUCAGGAGUUGGGGUCUCCUGCCCGAGUUGGGCGACGCGCCCUCUCACAACUCAAGCGAACAGGCGCAGGCGAACGGACACGGCUGAGAUGGGAAAGCUAAAAUUUCACUCAUCUCGUCUAAAGUAGACGCUUGCAAAAAUGCCUUACGGAUGUGAUUUGCUCUUAUUCGAAUGUGUACAGAAGCUGACGAUCGAUACAUCAUUUAUGCAUUUUUUA